AUGGCGCGGGGUUUUUCUUAUAACGGUGCUCGGAUCCUUUCUCCCUUCGUGUUAUUGUCUUUCUUUUUUUGUUCAGACGCGGAUUCUUCUUCAGAAGUUGGAAACCCGCUUCCGCGUUCUUCUUGCCCUACCAUUUCAACCUAUGGAAAGAUUUCGUCGUUAGCAGGUCGCGCGGGUACGCUUCUCUUGCAGUACCAGAGCGAUCUCCCUCCGCUUGCAGAGAACUCUGUUAGUCGACAGGAAUGGUUCAAGUACAGCGACAGUGACCAUAAACGUCUAUUUUCUCUGCGCCAGAAAGGGCAGUCUCAGAUCUGA